AUGCAGAGCUGGGUGCAGGAGUGUGGCCCAGAGAGUGGCCAGGAGGCCAUGGCCCUGGCAGAGGAUUUCCAGCUCAUUCCCCAGGAGCCUGGCUGGUGGUCCCAGGCCCCAGUGACCUUGAAGGCGGAGGUCAUGUGUACCUCUGAGGAGAUGCCCGGGAAGGAGGACAAGCAGAGGAACGCCACACUGGCAGUUCAUGGCUCACUGGGAUUUUCCACUCAUGGCCCAGAUGAUGUCUUCUGGCUGGAAGGAGGGGCCGAGGUGCUUGUCCCGGAUCCCCGGGACCCUGAGGAGAUGGAGACCCCUAGCGGUGGCUGUGGAGCAGCUGACGGGCUCAAGACUGAGGAGGAAGUGAAGGAGGACAAUCUUCAGGAGCAGGCUCCCCAGAAAGGCAAUCUGUCUGGGCUGGCACCAGCACAACCCAAAGGCAUCCCUCCCCUGCGUGGGGCCUGCAAGGGCCAGUACCAACCAGAGCAGCUGCCAAGAGCCCCUCCAGGGAAGAGAAGCCAUGGGAGAGGAGGUGUCAGGAAGCUGCAAGACCUCAUUGUGCAGCAGAUCCUGCAGCGGGGGGAGAGGCUGGGGUGGCGUGCUGGCCUUGCCUGGCACUCACGCCAUGCCCGGCCACAGGGCACAGGUGAGGAGGACAAGCCUUUUCAGUGCCCAGCGUGCAGGAAGAGCUUCAUCGAGAGCUCAGCGCUGAUCCAGUAUCAGAGGAUCCACACGGGUGAGUGGCCUUAUCCGUGUGGGGAGUGCAGCAAGCGCUUCAUUGAGAGCUCGGACCUGCACAAGCACCAGCGGGUGCACACGGGCGAGAGGCCCUGCCCAUGUGGGGAAUGCGGCAAGCAGUUCAGCGGCAGUUCCAACCUCAUCCAGCACCUGCGCACCCACACCAGGGAGCGGCCCUACCGCUGCACCGAGUGUGGGAAGAGCUUCUCGCAGAAUGGCACCCUCACCACCCACUACCACAUUCACACAGGCGAGCGCCCCUACAAGUGCCAUGCCUGCGGGAAAAGCUUUGGCGCCCGCUCCACGCUCUUCCAGCACCAGCACACCCACAUGGGCGAGCGCCCCUACCAGUGCACCCAGUUUGGCUGCUGCUUCAGCUGCAGCUCCUACCUCGGCACAGGUGAGGAGGACAAGCCUUUUCAGUGCCCAGCGUGCAGGAAGAGCUUCAUCGAGAGCUCAGCGCUGAUCCAGUAUCAGAGGAUCCACACGGGUGAGUGGCCUUAUCCGUGUGGGGAGUGCAGCAAGCGCUUCAUUGAGAGCUCGGACCUGCACAAGCACCAGCGGGUGCACACGGGCGAGAGGCCCUGCCCAUGUGGGGAAUGCGGCAAGCAGUUCAGCGGCAGUUCCAACCUCAUCCAGCACCUGCGCACCCACACCAGGGAGCGGCCCUACCGCUGCACCGAGUGUGGGAAGAGCUUCUCGCAGAAUGGCACCCUCACCACCCACUACCACAUUCACACAGGCGAGCGCCCCUACAAGUGCCAUGCCUGCGGGAAAAGCUUUGGCGCCCGCUCCACGCUCUUCCAGCACCAGCACACCCACAUGGGCGAGCGCCCCUACCAGUGCACCCAGUUUGGCUGCUGCUUCAGCUGCAGCUCCUACCUCGUGGCGUACCAGAGAAUCCACGGGGGGGGGUAG